UAAAUGCAUGAAAAAGGCCAACCAUAAGUUCCCCCAACCAACAUUGUCUCAUAUUUCACCCUCACCGUCCCUUGUAACAUGGAAGAAGUUGAGGCCAGUCUCCCUUAAAAAGCCUCCCAAACAUUAAAACCUCACCUCUAGUCAUACCAUCAGAAACACACAAAAGCUAUAUGGUUAGUAACUUCCAUUUCUCCAUCUGUCCAAGUCUUGACAUAAUUCAGCACAAUUCACAUCAUCAUGGAGGUAGAAUCGGCGAAGUGCGACUGCUGUGGAUUGAAGGAGGACUGUACCAAGGAGUACAUAAGUGGAGUGAAGGCUGACUUCCAUGGUAAAUGGCUUUGUGGGCUUUGUGCAGAAGCUGUGAGAGAUGAAGCCGGGAAGCGGAGACAGAAGGGAUAUGGUGGAGUGGAGGAGGCAGUGAAUGCUCAUAUGUCCUUCUGCAGGAAGUUCAAGUCAAAUCCUGCAGUCCAGGUGGCCGAUGGGAUGAGGCAGAUGCUGCGAAGAAGGUCGGGAGAGAUGUCUGCGGCCUCAGCUGCAUCGGCGAAGAAGUUUGGGACGUCAGAGGGCACUUCGCAGGCCACUGAGAAAGUAAAGGGGCUAGAGCUUUAAAAUGUGGAGGGAGAUAUAGAUCAGUAUCUAUCAGUCCACAAGCAAGAGGAUUUUGAGUUUCUUGGAAGUACACAAACCGAUUCUCCAGCAUCUGUUUUUGCCUUUGGUGCUAUGCAGAACUGCAGUGAUCCAAAAUUUUAUUUCGUAUGACAGAAAACAUCGAAUGCUGGUAACAUAAAACAAUUUUAUUUUUCGAGACAAGUUGUUGUAGAAGAACUGAGCAUAGCUCUGAUGAUACAUAAUUUUAUUAAUUAACAAAGACAUGGUAUAGAUUUUUAUUUAUUCAUUUCUUAUAUUUUUUUUGUCAUUAUCUUUGAAGAAGUUGUCUCUUUGCUUAUCCUGCAUCAGGUUAGUAACAAAGCCAUUCAACAUGUCUUUGUAAA